UGGCAGCUGGCGCCCCGGGCCUGGGGCCGCGGCGGCGCGAGGGGUUUGCAGGGAGGCGGGGGGCUGGGGGAGGGAGGCGGGCUGGAGGCCGCCCCCCGCGCCCCUCCUCCGCGCGGCCGCCGGCCCUCCUCCCCGGCCUGCUCCCCGCCUCCUGCUAGACAUCCCGCACGGCCGGCCGCCGCGGCCGCCUUCCCCGCCCGCCCGAGCUGCAGAUGUGGCGGAGCGGCCGGGCGCCGGGCGGCCGAGCCAGGGGAGCCCCCGCGCCGUGAGCCCCGCGCCCCGCGCCCCCGCCCCGCCCGGCCCGGCCCUGCCCGCCGACCCGCCGCCCGGAGCCCGCCGCGAGGCUCCUGCCUGAACACCGGCUCCGGAGCCCCCUGCCCUGCCGCUGCAGCCUCCAGCCCCGACCCCACCGCCAUGCACUCCCUGGACGAGCCGCUCGACCUGAAGCUCAGCAUCACCAAGCUCCGGGCGGCGAGAGAGAAGCGGGAGAGGACGCUGAGCGUGGUCCGCCACCGCGCUCUGCACAGGGAGCUCGGCCUGGGGGAUAACAGCCCCACGCCGGGCUCCCCGGGCUCCCCACCCACAGGCUUCUUGCUGAACCCCAAGUUCCCUGAGAAGGUGGAGGGACGCUUCUCGGCCCCUCUGGUGGACCUCAGCCUGUCACCGCCAUCUGGGCUGGACUCCCCCAACGGAAGCAGCUCGCUGUCCCCUGAGCGCCAGGGUGGCGGGGACCUGCCAGCUGUGCCCACAGCCCCGGACUUCCAGCGUUACCUGGACAGCAUCCCCAGCUCCUUCCAGUUCUUCCUGCCCCUGGGCUCCGGGGGGGCCCUGCACCUGCCUGCCUCCUCCUUCCUCACGCCCCCCAAGGACAAGUGCCUCUCGCCAGAGCUCCCGCUGCCCAAGCAGCUGGUGUGCCGCUGGGCCAAGUGCAACCAGCUCUUUGAGUUGCUGCAGGACCUGGUGGACCACGUCAACGACUACCACGUCAAGCCUGAGAAGGACUCGGGCUACUGCUGCCACUGGGAGGGCUGCGCCCGCCACGGCCGGGGCUUCAACGCCAGGUACAAGAUGCUCAUCCACAUCCGCACCCACACCAACGAGAAGCCGCACCGCUGCCACACCUGCAGCAAGAGCUUCUCCCGCCUGGAGAACCUCAAGAUCCAUAACCGCUCGCACACAGGUGCUGCCAGGUUGAGCACACACAUUGCCAUGUGGAAGAAUCCAGGUUCAAGCCCCUGGCCUCCAUCUGCUAGGGGGGAGAAGCCCUAUGUCUGCCCCUAUGAAGGAUGCAGCAAGCGCUACUCCAACUCGAGCGACCGAUUCAAGCACACGCGCACCCACUACGUGGACAAGCCCUACUACUGCAAGAUGCCCGGCUGCCACAAGCGCUACACGGACCCCAGCUCCCUGCGCAAGCACAUCAAGGCUCACGGCCACUUCGUGUCCCAUGAGCAGCAGGAGCUCCUGCAGCUGCGGCCACCCCCCAAGCCACCGCUGCCUGCCCCCGACGGUGGCCCUUAUGUUAGUGGGGCCCAGAUCAUCAUCCCCAACCCUGCUGCCCUCUUCGGAGGUCCUGGCCUGCCCGCCCUGCCCCUGCCCCUGCCCCCCGGCCCCCUUGACCUCAGUGCCCUGGCCUGUGGCAAUGGCAGCGGUGGGGGUGCCGCGGCGGGCAUGGGCCCCGGGCUGCCGGCCCCCGUACUGCCCCUCAACCUGGCCAAGAACCCGCUGCUGCCCUCGCCCUUCGGGGCAGGAGGACUAGGCCUGCCUGUGGUCUCCCUCCUCGCCGGCUCCGCUGGCGGCAAGGCUGAGGGGGAGAAGCGAGGGCCAGCGCCCACCCGGGCCCUGGGUAUGGAGGGCUGCAAGACCCCGCUGGAGAGGACUGAGGGCGGCCGCGCCCGGCCUGUCCCCGACGGGCUGCCCCUGCUGCCGGGCACUGUGCUGGACCUGUCCACGGGCGUCAACUCGGCGGCCAGCAGCCCAGAGGCGCUGACCCCCGGCUGGGUGGUCAUCCCGCCCGGCUCUGUGCUGCUCAAGCCGGCCGUGGUGAAUUAAGCCUGGCUGAGUGGGGACAGCCCUGACGAACAGAAACUCUUCUGUGAAAUAGCAAUAAUGCUCCCUGACUGGGGCGGCCCCAGACCAGCGGACAAAGGGAAGGUGCUAGGGGUCACUGCUGGCACCCGACUCCUGGGCGGGGGGCCAGGGAGAGCUGUGCUCUUGGGUGCUGAGGCCUCGCCCCUCCCUGGUGCCUCCUUUAUCCAGCGGCCAAAAGGGCAGGGGGCCUUCCCCAUCCUGUCCAGCUGUCAGCCACGUCCCAGCAGUGGGUGGGCAAGCUGGAGCCCCAUAUCAAACUCCCCCACCUGCCCAGCCUCUGCUCUGGGGGCUCCUUGGACCCCUUUCCCACCAAUCAGAGGGAAAGCCAGACAGACGCAGGCCCGGCAGAGCCACAGCAAGAAGCCACCUAGUCCUGUGACAAGGUGCCUCCCACCGCCCGGGAGACCCGCGCUGCCAGCUGCCAGCUCUGCCCAGGAUGGCCCCUUCCUGGGCGGACGUGUAUAAGGGACCAAGUCAGGCUGGGACCCAGCUCCUGUUCUGGGGCUGUGUGCUCAUAGCCAGCACAGACAGGGCUCCAGGCCAGUCCUGAGGGCUGGGGGGGGGGACCACACACACACAGCUGGGCCCCUGGUUUACCCUUGCCCAGGAAGCUGGGUGCUCCUCCUGGAGGUGGCCUGAAGCCUGUGGGAGGCCUGUCCCGCCCUUGGCUGAAGUGGCCAAGCACCCUACACUGUGUAUGUACAACUGGAGUUGCAGGGUGGCCGGGGUCCCUGCUGUUCCUCUGAGCAGCUCUGCCAUGCCCCCCCCCCCCGACCGCCCUUCUGUCCCAGAGGGGUCACACUGACAGGCCAGGCGAUGUUCACUCUGCCCCUCGAAGGGGCUGAGACCAAGCUGGAGGGAGCUGGCCUCCCUCCCUCGGGCCCCCCGGACCCUGGCCUCAGCCCCUUGGCUGGUGGGGUGCAGGUCUGCAGCUUGAGGCCAGGGAGCAGAGGCACAGGGCACUGGGCGGUGAUGGAGCUCAGCGUGUGACUCGGUGACAGGCCAGGCCCUUGGGCCUGUGCGCGUUGUGUUGACGUGGGUUUGUGUUGCACAUUCCAGGACAUCAGUAUUUUAACAGGUUCUAAGUGCCUUUCUAUCGUAGCUUGUUUUCCCUCCUCUUGGCUCCAUUGCUGUUAGCAUAGAGUUUAAAACAAAAAGAGAUAAGCUAAUGACUAUAACAAUAUAUUCCUCCAUGUGAGAGGAAUUUUAUAAAGAAACAAUAAAAGUGAGUUGCAAACA